UCUCAUUCCCCUUUUCUUUGAUGACUUUGCAGCUAUAAACAUCGUUGCGUUCUCACUUUGAGGACCUACUUGUAGCUGGAUCAGCGGGAAACGGACAGCCUGUAUUCGGUGCGUUGCUCUGCAAACGUCUUUUUGUAGGACGAUAAACUGCGAGAGAACGCAGAGUGAGCUAUGGCAGCCGAGGCGAGUGUCAAAUGCGGGAUGCGCUUUCUUGGGAAGAAGAGUGGCGUGAAGGUGUCCAACCUCUGCCUAGGAACGAUGACGUUCGGUGAAUCGGACAAAGCUCUCAUCAAGUUGCCCGGCCAAAUGGACGAAGAGGAUUGCUUCAAGAUCUGCGACCGCUUUGUGGAGCUUGGUGGAAACUUCUUUGACACCGCAGAUGCAUACAGUGCGGGCCGCUCGGAGGAGAUCCUUGGCAAAUGGCUAAGCAAGCAACAGCGCGACCGUUUCUUCAUCGCCACCAAGGUACGCUUCCCGACAGACAUCACCGAACCAAACAGCGUAGGACUGUCCCGCCAUCAUAUCCUCACAGGCGUGGAGCAGAGUCUGAAACGCCUGCAAACCUCCUACAUCGACUUGCUUUUCACACAUUGUUGGGAUGAGGGCACGCCAAUCGAGGAGACACUGCGCGUUCUCAAUGACCUUGUCACAUCCGGCAAGGUUCAUUACGUUGGCGUGAGUAACGUGACAGGCUGGCAGCUGCAGAAGAUCAUGGAUCUCAACCGUCAGUUCAACUACCAGCCAAUCGUGGCAUUGCAGGCUCAGUACAGUUUGCUGUGUCGGCAGACGGAGUGGGAGCUCUUGGACGUGUGCCAACGCGAAGGUGUUGCCAUGUUGCCCUGGAGUCCACUGAAGGGUGGGCUGUUGUCAGGAAAGGUGACAAGAGAAACUUCCAGCAGUCCACCGGAAGGCUCUCGUAUGGCCUGGGCCUUGGACCCGAAGAACAAGCUCCAGAGUGCUCCGUACAUAAAGGAUUUCGACACGGAUAAAACGUGGAACUUGAUUGAAGGCAUGGCUGAGAUCGGCAAGACGUCCGAGCAUUCUGUGGCGCAAGUAGCGCUGAAAUGGCUGCUUCACCAGGGCGGAGUGGACAGCGUUGUGAUCGGUGCCAAGCGCCUCUCGCAACUCGAGGACAACAUGAAGGCUGGCGAUCCCAACUGGACACUCAGCGCCGAAGAGAUUGCCAAACUGAACGAGCUCAGUGCCAUCCCAGUGCCGUAUCCGUACGAGAUGGUUACACGCUGCCAGCGUGGUCGUGUCUGAUGACCUGGUUAACAAUCUUAUUCAGCGCUGGUUGCUACCGGAUCCGUGAACUGCCGACCAAUAAGGAAGUUCACAGCUCAACUAGCGGAAGUUGUUUUUCUAUGCAUGCAUCUUAUCAAGGUUAUCGUUUUGGCUUGUCGUAUCUCUUUCGUCAACUCUCUUUAUCGUAAUCGUUUCCUUGGGUUGGUUUUCUAUUACAGUGACUAUCUGAACAUGCCAUGCAGCACUGAUCGUUCUAGACGGUGCGGAGCUCCUUUAAUGGAAGAUCAUCGCACGUUAUAGUUUCAGUGCAAUUUCUUACGUAGGCGCUGACAGGUGGAAUGCACUGCCACCAGCUUACCACCUGUGUAAUUCACCUGCUAAAUUAAGGCCUUAGGCCUGUGGGGAUUGCCCUAUUCAAAAUUGAAAUACUAAUAAUAAAAUUAAUGAUAAUUUCGAUCAUCCGUCAAGACUUUCUUACGGUUUCCUGUAAAAAGGUGAUGACGCCUGUGGGGAACUCCCUAGUAUUAAAAAUAAGAAUACAAAUCGUUUGUAGUUUGAGCACUCUGGCGCUAGAGCGACGACCUACCUUAAUGUCUGUGGUGCCUCCUUUGCACCAUGGCUGGUAGCUCGGCCUAUUUAGCUCGUAGCUGCACUGAUGAGGCCGUUAUGGCCGAAACAGCUUGCUGUCUGCAGCAUUGGGAAUGAAAAUAAAGAAAAUAUCAUAAUGGAAUUUGGGACCAACCGUAAAUACCAUGCACUUACAGAAAAAAAAUAAUCAUCUCACCUGGAGGGUGUUUGUAUGUGUGUGUAGAGGGUCUUUGCGCUGUUCGUCUUUCACGGGGAACCUCAUUGAAGCCUCAAGGAUCUAAAUAUGGGCAAGUGCAAGGAUACCGAGACCUUUGGUCGGAGGAGUCCACAACGCCCCCACCUACACAGCUGCGCUAGUGGAUACUUGUAGUCAGCCCCGACUCAUUAGUUGUUUGUUCUGUCAACCCUCAACUUCUGCGUUCUGGUCGUUUCUUCGUUCUCCCUGCAUGCAACUUUGUUAUCUUUCUUGUUAUAGUUCUUUUUGUCUCGAGCCGGCUUCACGGUCUUUUGUAAAAAAUAAAUAA